AUGGUGUCUUGUGAAAGUCCGAUGGCUCACGUAUUGGGGACCAACAACCUGGACUCUUCGGAGCCGUACAAGUCCGAGCAAAUCGAAGAGAUGGACAUGAAGGGACACGAAAUGGACAUGAAGGUAAGUAUAAACGAUUAUUGGGUGCACUUCGCGUUGAACUCGAUCGUUGAACGGUACAACAUCAACCAAGUGCCCAGAGACGAACAAGAAUUGCGCGCGCUGUUGGUUGGCUCUUACCACCGUCUGCAGUACGCCAUCAGCCAGCAGAAGAAGAAAGACCCGUCCGGGACCCCUGACUCGGACGCUUUGCUCAUGCAGAUCAUGCACCAAGUGUUCCAAGGACACCCCGAAUGGCUGGAUCAGCGCAACAACAAUCAGCCGCCGGUGCUGCAGGCGCCGGCGGCCCCCGCGGACGACGAGACGUCGUCCGUGGCGUCGUCCGCGUCGUCUUCCAACCCGCCGUCGUCGUCGCGCCCGCGCCAGACGCGGCCGUUCAAGUGCACGGUUUGCGGCAAAGAGUUCGGCUACAAGCACGUACUGCAGAACCACGAGCGCACGCACACCGGCGAAAAGCCGUUCGUGUGUUCGGUGUGUAACAAGUGUUUCACCCGCGACCACCAUCUCAAGACCCACGUCAGGCUGCACACCGGCGAGAAGCCGUUUUGGUGUCCGCACUGCAAUAGGUUUUUCGUGCAGGUGGCCAACUUGCGCCGGCACCUCAAGACCCACACCGGCGAGACGACCUACCCGUGCGAGUACUGCGUGGCGUUCUUCGAGACGGCCGCCGAGCUCAAAGACCACAAGCGACAGCACAAGGAGAACAACAAGCCCCGCGGGGUCGUGAAAAAACGGUGCCGCGCCACCGUCUACCCGACCGAACCGUCCACGUCGGCGCCGUCGUGGACGCCGGCCACACACGGUUCCCCGCCGCCGUCCCCGUCGCCGCUGCCGUCCGUGCCGAGCUACUGGUCUUCGCCGCCACCUCAACCUCCUCAAGCGGCGAACGUGCCGCAACAAAAACAAGCACCGGCAGCGGUGUCGCCGCCCACGGGGCCGCCGUCCAUUGAGCCGUAUCAUUAUCUGCAGUUCGUCGCGAGGUUCAAAUCGCCCGAACGGAACGAACUUCCGGUCAAGUUCGAGUCACCCGAACAGACCGAACCCGAAGACCUUUCCGUUAGAUCCGACAUGAUCGUCGACGUCGCCAUGGAUCUCACGUGUAAAUAG